GUAAUUUGUUUGUAUGUAACAUUCGAUCUCUGUAACUGCGAUGACCAGAAGUUUGGGACAGGAGUUUUUACGAGUUUUCAGUACAGCUGAUCCAGAUCGAAUUGCAAUGACGUGCAAGAUUAGCACUGUCAGUAUUACGUACAAUGAGUUAUUGGUAAAUAGUUUGAAACUUGCGAAGAAGAUGAGAGAUAUAGGAAUCGAAAGCGGCGAUAUCGUUGGUAUUGUAAGCGAAAAUCGAAUGGAAUACAUCGUAUCAAUUAUAGCAUGUUUCUAUAUACAAGCAAUCAUACAUCCAAUUAAUCAGAACUACUUAAAAGCGGAAUUGCAACAAAGUUUUGAUAAAAGUAAACCAAAGAUGGUUUUUACUUCUAAUGUAUAUAUUGAUAAUGUUAUAAGGCUACAACAGGAUACCACUUACGUGGAAACCAUAUUCAACUUUGAUGUUAAUUAUUUGGAUAUUAUUAAGGAUGGUAUUGCUUUGAAUCAUAUUGAAGUGGAUACUGGUAUAAGCGUGGAAAGGGCAAUAAUUAUGAACUCUUCUGGUACAACUGGUUAUCCACAAUCGGUUGUUCUGACGCAAAACAAUGUAUAUUACGCAAUCGAAAGUUUCAAAAAUCAGUUUGUGCUUUACCGAGAAAAUACGAAAAUCAGCGUAUUACCAUAUUGCCAUAUCUUUGGUUUAAUGCAUGUUUUUGGCACCCUUAUACAACAUUCCAAACUUGUGAUAUUAUCCAAGUUCAAACCAGAUCUUUUCUGUGAAAUUAUACAAGAACAUAACAUCGUGGCUCUAGAAAUAAUUCCCACUAUAGCGACAUUUUUAGCUCGAAGUCCCAUUAUUGACAAAUACAAUUUGACAUCUAUAAAGAAUAUAAUAUGCGGUGGAGCGCCGCUCACUCAAGAUAUUCACAAUGCCAUUCAAAAAAGGUUCAAUUGUCAGGUAAGACAAUUGUAUGGAAUGACCGAAACGUGUGGUCUAGCAAUGGCAGAAUUUGUAGGAGAAAAGUUGAAGUUUGGAAGCGUGGGAAAACUAAUUCCAAAAAUUGAGGCAAAAGUAGUUGAUCCACUGACAAAUGAAAAACUGAAUUGCGGAAAAGUAGGCGAAAUUCGUUUGAAAAGUAAGAUGAACAUGAAAGAAUAUCUCGGAAACAUUGAAGCUACAUUAUCGGCCUUUGAUGAUGAAGGAUUCCUUCGUACAGGAGACCUAGGUUAUUUCGACGAGGAUGGUUACUUCUUUAUCAACGAUAGAUUAAAAGAUGUGAUCAAAUACAAAGGAUAUCAGGUUCUUCCUGUUGAAUUGGAAGAUAUGUUGAUGCUGCACAAAGAUAUUAUAGAUGCAGCUGUUAUUGGUAUUGCCGAUGAAAGAGCCGGAGAAUUGCCAAUGGCUUUUGUGGUUAAAGUCAAAAAUUCUGAACUAAAUGAAGAGGACGUAAAAUGUUAUAUUGCCGAUCGUUUCUCCAUAAAUAAACAGCUCCAUGGCGGUGUUAAGUUUGUUGAAAGCAUUCCUAGAGGAAACACCGGCAAAAUACUGAGAAGACAACUUCGCAAAACAGAUUGAAAAAAUGUUGCAAGUGCUUAAUUUACAAGAAAAUAAAUAUUAGUAGCCUCAUAAUUUUAAUAGGCAAAACAUAUUUUAAUCAUUUAUUUUAUAUUUAAGGCGAAAAGUUCAACGGUCCUUUGUCAUUGUAUUUUGAUGGAAGAAUCAUGGCUGGCGGGUAGCGUGAAAGAAGUG